AUGACCUCACAACUCCCAACUUUGCUCAACACAAAUUAUUUAACCUCGGGACACAGUCGAGGAUUUUUCGAGUUUGUCUCAAGGGUGGCAGAUGCCAAAAAUAAUCAGGAAGAAGAGCGAUAUGUUACCGAAGAGCUUUACGCUUUAAAGCAAAAAUUAGCACAGCCUGAUAUUAGUUUGUCAAAAAUGAAGGAUUACAUUAAUCGAUUGAUUUUCUGCGAAAUUCUUGGUCAUGAUGUCAAUUUUGGACAUAUUUACGCGUUGAAAUUGGCUCAAAGCGCGAAAACUCUUUCAGAAAAACGUGUUGGAUACCUCGCGUGCUCUUUAUUCAUGACACAAAAGCACGAAUUGAGUAUUAUGUUGAUUAACACCAUACAAAAGGACUUGAAUAGUAGAAAUUAUCAUGAUGUUUGUGCAGCAUUAGGAGUCAUGAGUCAUGUGGUAGAUUCGGAAAUGAUUCCAGCCAUAUUAAAACCAUUACAAGAGAAAUUGACACAUCACAUGGAAGUCGUACGCAAAAAAACGCUUAUAGUUUUUCACCAUUUUUAUCAAUCAUCGCCUGAUUUAAUCCUUCAUCUUGAACCACAAUUUCGUGAUAUCUUAAAAUCUCAUGAUCCUGCUGUAUUGGGCGCUGUAUUAUGCUUGUAUGUCGAUUUUGUAAGGGAUAAUCCGAGUCAGUUUAGAGAUUUAGUUCCUAUAUUCAUCAACAUUUUAGAACAAGUUCUUGAUCGCUGGCUUGUUCGAACUUAUGAUUAUCAUGGAAUACCUGCGCCAUGGAUUCAAAUUCAAUUAGUAGAGAUUUUGGGAUUAUUUGGUCGAGAUGACGAGAUGAUAAGUGAGAUGGUGUGUCCAAUCAUUAUUCAAGCUCUACGAAGGUCAGAGCAAGGUGUUGAUGCUGCUUAUGCUGUUAUAUUCGAAUGCAUUCGUGCGCUCUCACGACUUUCUACACCCACUUUCUCCAAAAUAGUAAAUCAGUCAUCAUCAAUCACUGAUGAUAAUCCACUAAACGUAAUCACUCGUUUUCUUAAAUCUAAAAAUCUUAAUUUAAAGUAUAUCGGGUUAUUGGCAAUUUCGGAAAUAGAUCCUAAAUGGUGGGUGGAAGGUGAUUGGUGGGGUGAAGAGCAGAUGACUGUAAUUGUCGAGUGUCUGGACGAAAAAGAUGAAACGCUGAAAAGAAAAGCGCUUGAUCUUUUAUAUAAAAUGAUAAACUCUCAAAAUGUAACGGUGGUGGUUGAUCGAAUUAUGGAAGCAUUGAAAGCUACUUCAUUUAAUGACAAGUUCUUGCGAAGACAAUUGAUAGAACGGAUUGUUGACUCGAAUUGGAUGAUCAGUACACUAAUAAAAACAUUUCACGCGGCCGGCGAUGUUGUAGAUGAGUCAUUGGAGGAUCGUGUGGUUAUGAUGAUCACACAAAAAGGAAGCUAUGAAACGGUUGCAUGGGAACAAAAUUUGCGAAAAUGUGCGGUAUAUGAGUUCUCUAAACUAAUUGAAAACAAAGAAAUUGUGAAGGAAUUACCAAAUUCUUUGUUAAUUUUGGCAAUCAAGAUAUUAGGUGAAUUAAUAAAGUAUACUGAUAACCAAGAUAUCGUAAUUAGUAGAUUAUCCGAUUGCCUACUUGAAACAAACGUUACAGAAAUCCAAAUCCAAAUUAUGAAUUCCUUACUUAAAUGUAUUUCAUUGACAAAAAAUUGUCCAAAAAAUGUUAAAGUUGCUGUAAUAAAAUGCCGCACACAUAACUCAUUUGAGAUAAAGCAGUGCUGUAAUGAAUUUAUUAUAUUAACGGACAAUCUAGCAUUACUUGAAAAAAUUGUGAUCAGUAACACAGAAAAUGACAAUUGGAAAAAUCCAUUUAAUGAUUCCUUUAUUAUCGACGAUUCUCUCUUGUUUCUUGAUGAUUAUGUUAAAGAAUCAAUUGAAAACGGAGGUAGAUCAUAUAGUCCUGUCCCAAUAAUACGUAAUAGUUCAGAAUCCAGCGCUAAAG